CAUCCCAAUCCUCCUCACUUGUCUUCCAAAUCGAUGACGUCCCUAACCUCAUCCCUGCAAGCUCUCAAGCUCUCGUCUCCCUUCGCCCAUGGCUCCACUCCUCUCUCAUCCCUCUCGAAGCCCAAUUCGUUCCCGUCCCCUAGAAUGCCCGCUUUAGUUCCGGUCAUCAGAGCGAUGAAAACGAUGCAGGGGCGCGUGGUGUGCGCAACCAACGACAAGACUGUGGCGGUGGAGGUGGUGAGGCUGGCUCCCCACCCCAAAUACAAGAGGCGUGUGAGGAAGAAGAAGAAGUACCAAGCUCAUGACCCGGAUAAUCAGUUCAAGGUGGGCGACGUGGUGAGGCUGGAAAAGAGCAGACCCAUCAGUAAGACUAAAUCAUUUGUGGCACUUCCCGUCGUCCCCAGGAAAUCCCAAGGCGGAGGCGAUGGCAUUCUUGGCAUUCCCUUGGAGUCUCAGCAGCCGGCUUAGAUAAUUCUUAUCUUUGUUUCUUUCGGUAAAAGCUGUCCUUUUUUUUUUCCUGCUCUGCUUCUGCUUCUGCUUCUGUUUCUGUUUGUUGUGUGUCCCGAAGAACCCUCUGUAAUUUAUGGAAUGCUUUUGUGAUUUCAUUGCUUAUGCCACCAAUGUGCUUUCAAUCUGAUUGUUUCCUAGUUCCAAUU